AAACCCUAGUGGACUGGGUGAUCGACAGCCAUGGGAAUUCUAUCUUGGUUCGGCGGAGGCAGGCGCAACGGCAAGAAGGAAGAGGCUCCGGCGGCGAAGCCGGACCCGAAGCCACAGGCUGUGGAGGUGCCCGGCAUGAAUGGGGCGGUGGAGGUUCCAAGGCCCGCUACUUUUGCAGCGGAUGUGUCGGUUUUCGAGUUUGGUUCGGUGGCCGCCUCGGUCGACAAGGUGACGCUGGCGGGGUACUGCCCCGUCUCCGACGAACUGGAGCCUUGCCGGUGGGAGCUCUUACCGGCGAGCGGCUCCGACGCGCCUCAAUUUCGCGUUGUAUUCUGAAUUUUGAGAGCGGGUUGAGAUAAUGCGAGAGAGAAGCGAAGAGGGAGCUUGAUUUAAUGGUCUUUAGUGAACUUUGCGUCUUUGGUGGUUUGAUCAAAGAGGAUAUUGUAGCUUGUACUUAUGAUGGAGGUUUUUCUCAUGAAUAAUUUUUAUUGAUUAAGGUUAUUGAGAUCCA